CAAGAUGGCGGCGCCGUAGUAGCAGGCCUCGGUUUUCACUGUACAGCUGUACCGUAAACACUGUAUUAACGGACAGCCCCUGAUAACGACCAUCCCGGGCGACAUGACGAGCAGGAGGCGGCAGCCCGGAGAUAGGUCUCGGCUUACGUGUGAAGACGGGGACCGCGGAGAACGGAAAGUCCCCAAAGAACGGGCAGGGGACAGUGACAGGGAGACCCCCAAAAAGCCCAGCAAGAAAGCGUCCCGCACCAGGAGGUCUGGGAGCUCCCGCCUGUGCAGUCAGACGUCGUCCUGUGUGGCCCCCACAGAAGAGGAAUUAUUUUCCAAUAAGAAGACUCCCAGGCAGUAUCCCAGAUCUAAGCUAUGGACGUCCACCUUUAACUCUCCAUCUAAUGAUGCCGAUCAACAGCAGGACAUAUUCUGGGAUCCUCAUUCACCAACAACCUAUAAAUUAGAAAAUGGCAAGAGAAAACUGGCUGCAAACAAAUGUACGGUUGACAUCUCGGAUAUUGUUAAUAGAAUUGCUCCAAAGAAUGAAAAGCCAUCAAACUCUGAAGCUGCAUAUCUUGGCAUUUGGAUCGGAGAUGAUGCUAUCCCAUGUACACCGCUGGUAGCCCGAAGUAAAACUAAAAUUCAAAGGUCAAGGAUUUUACAAACUGAAGAAGAACUCAUGAAAUUGGCAAAGCAAUUAGAUAGUAAUCUGGUGAAGCAAAAAGAUCAGAAUGAGGAGCAGCUGGCGAAUUCUGAGUAUGAAAUGUUCAGUGAACGCAAUGCUAUGGACAACAAAGAAGACUCGUUCCUGGAAGACCUCCCCGAAGAAGAUGAGAUGAAUCUGGUUCUGAAAUCUGUUAGUCAGAGAUCUGCACCUCAGGGGAGUAGUCAAAGGUCUGUGGACCAGGAUGUUGAAGCUGCCCUUAAUGAUCUGUUUGAUUCAUCGACGCAGAAGUACAGCGGACGUUUAAGCCAAGGUUUAUCAGAUGUUUCCAUUAGCAGUGUGAACAAAGCUCCAGUAAAUGUGAGAAGCAAUGUCCAUGAAGAUAUUGGGCACAGUAAAAAAGAACAAUGUUCUGAAAAACUUAAAAAGUCAGAGCACUCUAGUUCAGCUUCAAAAAUCUCCACAAACAAAUUACAGAGUGUGAAAAAAUGUCACAAGCAAAAUAACGGUAAGGAGAAGGAAACCGUCCAGUCAGUAUCAAGCAGCCAAGAUGAUUUUGAGGAUGACUGGGGCCAUGAUCUCCUUGAUGAUGACUCUUUUAUCAUGCAGGUUACUCAGAAUCCCGAACUUAUUGCUACCCCUAAAAAUACUAUGCCUUCCAGUAAACUGGGUCAGAGCAGCACCCACCUUGCAGGAGGGGAGGAUAAGUCCACUGCUAUUUCUUCUUCUUUCAGUAAGACUAGUAAUUACAAGUUUGUGCCAAGGAAGGGAAAUGUUGGAUCUGAGACAAAACCCAGUAACCUGCGUAGCAAAGAAGUGACUAGUGUUAAUUCAUUACAAGGCAGUUCAAGAGACACAAAUAAUGUAAAAUCCUUUUCUAGUACUCAAACUCGCGUGCCUUCGAAACCUCAGACAAAUGCAGCAGGACAAGUGAUAAGCAAUAAUGUUCAUAGCUUGGCACCGGCAACAAAUAGCACUUUGAUGAAAUCCUCCCAGAAACCAUGUGCCCCGACAGUGCCACAGACUCGGACGAUGACUGCUAACAAAGACUCUGUCCCACAUGACGAAUGGGAUGAUCUCCAGUUCUCCGAUGAAGUUCUCGAUAUGUUUUGUGAUUCUGAUAGUCUGUGGGAAGAGAAGGAAGAUGAUGAUGAUCUAUUGUAUCAAGUUUGUGAUGACGUUGAAAGAUUAACUCAAGCUUAUGAAACCACUGGAGAAAACCCUGAGAAGGAAACUCCUCUGUUAACAAGUACAACUUGCCAAAUCCCUGCUAAACAGGGAACCAAUGCCAGUCACCAAAACAGAAAUGGAAGCCAUGUUACGGCAAGCUCCUCGUUCGGUACAAAUAAGUUGAACAACAGAGGGGUCUCGCCUGCCUCUUUCAGUGGAAAUUGCUUAAAUGCUUUCAAAAUCAGUUCUUUACAAAAGUCCAACCAGACUUUAAGCAGAUCCUGUUCCGUGCCUUCAGGAGGGGAGCGUAAAAGCUCGGUUGUUACUAGCCCUCAAUCACAGAACCCAGGAAAGUCUCUGGGUACUACAUGCAGUUUAACAAACCCAUCAGCUCCUUCUAAGUUCUCAUUUACAAAGAUAAAGCCAUCCCAGGUGACAUCUGUUCACACAGCACACUCUGUUGCUGGAAGCUGGAGCAGUUAUAAUGGUCUUCAUUCUCAAACUUUUGGUGGUAGUAGGAGUAACAGGGACACACUUGUGCGAUCUAACUCUGACAGUGUAAGCAAUCCUCAGCAAUCAACAUUAAAAAGGCACCUUUCAGAGUCCACCCUACAGUCUUCUAAAGUGUUUGUAUCUGAAGACCACAAUAAGAAAUGUUCUAUGGAGGAGAUUGAGAGGAAGAAACAAGAAGCUUUGGCCCGGAGGAAAAUGAAAGCGCGAGCAAGUUCCGGUGACAUUGCGCCAACCUAGUCUUUCUAUAUUGUUGUAUUGGAUACCUUGUUUAGAGCCAUCUUAUAAUUUCUCUGUGAGAAAUUACACGUGGAAAUCACAGCAAACACUAUUUUAUUAUAGUUAAUUCUAAAACGUUUACAGUGUUAAACUAUAUAUUUGUAUUUUUUGUAUAAUAAAGUGUCCUACCAUGUUCAGGAAUGAACAAGCUUGAUUUGUAAUCACCAUGUUCUCAGAAAACACUCCUGGAGGCCAUUUUCUAGCCUUUUGUUAGAUGUAUUAACACUUAAUAAAUGAGUUUUCGAACUUUUGGUUUGCU